CUCUUUCCAGCUUGGGACACCCGCGUAGGUGCAGAGCGCGUCGGUGCAAGAGAGGUUCCAAAUUGAGGUUCGACAAUCCGCUCGCUCGCGGCCCAAGGUCUGCCAUCACCACUAUUUGCUUUGCAACACCUGGACGGCGCCCCGGGUUCUCGAAUUGAACGCUCCAGCACCGGCCAGUCCUGGCCCGGAUGGAGACCAUUGCCAAUGGCUACCUUGACCGAUAGAAGCUAUUUUCCGCCGCUCGGGGAAUGUCUAAGCGGCAACAAAAUAAUCCUCUCCUGGAGACUCGUCGCCACCGCUCUUGAAGAUCUAGCAUGCGACCGACUUAGGAGCGCCGCCGUCUCGGCCUUCCUCCGCGACGGAUAUGUCCACCAGUUGUUGAGGGAACCCACCAAGACUUUUGCGCCGCCCACGAAUGAGACCAAGCUCGAUUUUGAGACCAAGACCGGGGCUAUCAACGUCGUGCCUUCGCCAAACGACCCCUACAAUCUCGACACGAUCAAGGACGAUGCGCGGUGGUUGAGCAGAAACGUCAACAUUAACGAGGUUGCCGCCCUCCGCGUCGUCAUUAUCGAAUACCAGUCACGCGCCCACAGCCACCUCACCGGGCCGCUGUCCACGCAAGAUGUCGCCAAUGUUCAAGAAGCUGCCGGUGUCGGGGAUGCGCAGGCCUCGGCUAUCGUAGCGCUGCUCAACGUCACAACAGUCGCUGAUGCCGAUUCUGCCUGGGCUGACUUCGAGAGCGAGACGACCCGUCGCCGGCGCCUACUCGCUACCUACCUUUCUGAACGUCGGUCGUUUCUGGCUGCCGUCGACGCGCUACUCGCAUUCCUCCUGCACUCGCGCGCGCCAGGUACCGGCGUGGAACUGGACCCCUUGCGUAACGCUGUCCUGCAGGGCGCAUUCGGCUUCGAUCAGAAUGCGGCGAAGCCCGACACAACCCAACUGGAUGCCCUCGCGCCAACAUACAUUCGCACUCUCGAGGGCUGCUUCGACAGGAUGCAGAUGGCCCCGGAAUCUCUGGACAACCAGAUGCUGACGGAGCAGUUUGAGGUCGACUGGAUCAGGACGGCGCUUACCGAGGCCAUCCACGCCAUGUCGCUGAUCUUUCAGAUCCUGGAUCUCAAAGCCUCCCAGUUCGCAGCCCCCGCGCUCGUAACUCAGUGGUUUGCCCUCAUGGACACCUGCGAGUUCUUCGAACCGGUCCCCAGGGGCCAUGAGCUCAUUGCCGAGCUGCUCAUGCCGCUUCACAGUCUGGUUGCCGCCAUCUCCCUGAAACUGCUCAACGUCGACCGAACCCUCUCGUACCUCGACCAAGACGUCGACCUGCUGGAGGAGGAGGAGCCCUACUUGGCUUCGUCCGAUAACCUCGCGCAGAUGCACACCACCAUUGCAGCCGCUGCUAGCGCCGGUUUGAUCUCGACGAUGCCUGUCGUGUUCGCCUGGUCUCUCAUUCUACACCAGAUGCAUGUUGGUUACCAGGAGCGCGCUGAGCGGCGCGAUUUGUUGCAGAAUCAGCGGGCGCAGGCUGGCUUUGAACUGGAAUACGAGCCGUCUGGCCGCCAGCGGAGAAACUCGGCUGGGAGCAUUGUCUCCAUAGAGGCAUCUUCGUACGACGUAUUCCUCGUCUCCCAGCAGUUGGAACGCAACAUCGAGCCGGCGGAAAACAUGGCUCGGAUUGCCACUGGCCGGGGUCAGGUCUAUGAGCUCAUGGCCGACAUGGCCGUUUGCCUAGGAAGCGGCCAGCUGGCCGCGUUCCGCCCGGUUCUAGGCGCCCGCGCUCGCCUGACCUUCCAGGACCUCCUGAAACGGAGUGCCCAUUACGUGGGUUACCAGGCGGAGCCGGUCUCGUGUUUGCUUUCCAUCCUCUCGGGGGGUAGCCAGUACUGGGACAUCUCUGCCGAGGCUCCUUCUAACGAGAAGUCCGCCCUUGACAUUUACACUCGCAUGCUGAGCGACGACACGCUCAACGUGCAAUACGCCUCUCAGUCCCGAAAUCGCUUUCCCUACGAAUUCCUCCCCUUUGCCUCCAUGUGCCGCAUCCUGUCGGCAGCCCUGGUCUCGGACAAUGAAAGCUCCGAACUGAUCACUGGCCUUCUCGUGAAGAACCCGAGCCUGACUUUGAACUGGGACCCGCGGUGGGACAGGUCUUACGAGCUGGUCUUCGAGGAGGAGAACACAAACUCCUUCCGUCUGACCAAGGAUAUCGAUCUCUUCGACGCAGCAUCCAAGUCUAAUAGGCGGAUCUUACCAGAAGAGAAGUGCACAAUAUCUCGUGGGACGUUUGGUCGCUUCGUUACCGACGUUGGCAGGGUUGCCAAGCUGGAAUUCGAACAUUCCACCCUGGCUCUCUUUGGGAAGCGUCUCGAGGUGAAUCUCAUGGCAGGUGCCUACGACACCGCGCUGGGGUACCUGUCGGCGGAUGAGCUUAUCGAGGGCAUCUCCUUGUUAGCGACGGUGCUGCGCGCCGAGACACUCAGGUCCUCCAAGACAGACCCGGACAGGGGCUUGAGGAUACUGACCGAGGCUAGCCGUUUGCUCUCCCGGGGCAGGGACAUCAUGAACGUUGUCUGCGACACGCUCGACAGUCUGGUUGAGGAGGAACUUGCUGACUUAGAUGGGCCCAAGACUGCCGCCUUGUCAUCAUGCCUUCAGUUCUUGCAUGCGGCGCUUCCGGUAUGUCCUGGCCGGGUUUGGGCAUACAUGGCACGGUGCCCGCUCAUCAACACCGACACUCGAUCCGGGCGCUUAUCGAGGAUCACAGCCAACCUCGACAUGCUUGCCGAAAGAUACGAUCUUCUCUUGUCGGCCGUGAAGCUGUUCUCCAGCCUCGUGGACAGUGCGAAGACAAGCGCGGUGCAACGGAGGUCGGGUAUCAGCGUCAACAGUCGCGCCAAGGGGGAGGAGAACCCGUGGAUCGGGGCUUCGGACAAGAUCGUAUCUCGGGUAACUCUCUCGAUCGCGCAGACGAGCGUCGACGUGUUUGAGAAUUCCGCCACGUGGAGGUUUCCCUCUGAAGUGGACCGCAGCGUCAUGAUCCGGGACGUGGUGGGUAUCAUGCACAAACUCAUGCUUUACACACAUAGCGUGGGAUCGACCGAUACGCCGAGGAGCCUGACGGGGCCGCUCGCUCCUGCAGCCGACUACGUCGUGGAGAGCUUCCUCUCGAGCUCGUCGAGUUCGCUGCGAUUCCAACCACUUCUGGCCACUCUACUAGCCGCCUUUCAACUACCAGACACGACAAUCUAUCAGAGGCGAGCCCAGAUCGUGUCGGAAAGACUGACUACGGUCUUGGAAUUCGCAACCAUCCUCUUGCGAGUCGCUGACUAUCUAAACAAAGCGUCAGCAGGCAUCCAGACCCAGCUGUUCAAGUCGGCAUGUGUUAUUGCUCGGCUUCCGGCCAUCAGGCACUCUUUCAGGAUACCGGCUAUUUCUCUUCUCAGCGCGCUCGUGGAGAGCGCCGGCAAGAGCAGCGGUGAGCCUCCGUCUCUGCUAGGUUACCUGGGCCCGCAAGUAUCGCGCUCCUUCAUCCAGAUUGCUGCGCAGCUAGACAAACCGUUCGAUCGAGUAGCCGAAGUGGCGAGCACAUGGAGGUUUUUCUCGACCAUCUUGCGCAACCGGCAACAAUGGAUGGCAAACUGCUUGCUCACGGGCAAAACGCCGCGGGAAGCACUCAAGGGCGAGGCCAAGAUCUCACAGCUCACCGCGGGCUCUGUUUUGUCGACCGCGUUAGAGAAGCUGCGCGCCAUCAAGGAUAUCUCGAGCCAAGAGCUCCUUGCCGUUCUCGACUUCUUCACAUCAGCGCAAAAUUACUGGCCAUGGACCAUCUUUGCCAUGCAGAAAGACAAAACGUUCCUGCAAGAACUCCGGGCCUACGUCCGUGACCUCAAGGCUCCCGCGGUAGUGUCCAAAGCCAAUCCAGCCGAGGCGUGCUACCAAGCGAGGAUAGCAGCCUACAUCGCCGAGACCUUUGCCAUGCAGCUGUACCAUCUGCGGCAGAUGCGCCAGGAGCAGACUUUUGCCGCCGAGGUGGUGAAUGAUUUGGACUACUUCCUCCGGGACGGCGUCGCGGUGUCGGAUUACAACUCGUCGCUGCAUGCCAACUUCUCGAGGAAUUUUGCCAAGCAGUAUCAGGGAUUUUCUGUGGACGACUUCAAGAGGACCCUCUUGGUGCCGCGGGACCUGGGAUCCCAGUAUUACUACGCGUUGGACGUUGCCGAGUCCAUGCUCAGCUAUGAUGCGGGCUGGGCCGGGCCACGACAGAACGGUUUCAGGCGUGAGAUGGAGGCGGCGAACCUGAAUCUGUCCCUCGUAGAGGCCGAAGUUGCGCUGUUCCAUGCUUGGGAGUACCUGCUUUUAGAGCUCAGCAUCUGUUUGCUCCCGAAGCACCAAUCCGUCGCAAGGCAGAUGUUGCAGGUUGCUGAGCAAUGCUUGGAGGCAAACCAACGUCCACAGCCGCCGGAGAACAUCUUUGUGGUCCUUGCCCACUCGAGGGCAAAUUUGGGGCUGACGCUACUCCAACGGCUCGCAGAUUACUCACUUCUCCCCAAGGACAUCAGCCAGCUUCUCUCGUUGGUGUCCGCCACCAUCAACGGUGUCGACAAUCCCUGGAGCAAAGACCAGAUCUCGUACUUCCGCACCCUCCUCAAGGUCCUCUUUGUCGUCCUUCGCGGGACCAAGCAUUCCAACAACGCUGCUCCACAAAAACCCACCGCCGAAAGCCCGGUCGCGGUCACACAGUUAGUCCUCACGACCCUCGACCGCGUCGUCGCCAGGUCGUUCCGCAACCUCGCCGCUCUCGUCCACGAGCCGGAUGCAGCGACCACUCCCGAAGACCUCGCCCUGAUCACCGCCAUCCUUCAGGCGUGCCUGAGCGUCCCGGGCAUCGAACAAUGUCAACUCCAAGUGCUCAACAUCAUGUCAUCUCACAACGUCCUGCAGGUCGCCACCUCGCUCUUCUCCUGGUCUGAUCGCCUCGCCGAGAAAGGGGACCCCAUCUACGGCGAGCUCGCCCUGCUCCUCCUCCUCGAGCUCUCCGCCCUGCCCGCCCUCGCCGAGCAGCUCGCCUGCGACGGCCUCCUCGGCCAUCUGACCUCGGCCAACCUCGCCGGCUUCAUGCGCCGCGCCAACGUCUCACCCUUCACCGACAAUGCCGGGGCCGCCCGCUGCUACGCCAUCUGGGCCAAGGGCAUCCUGCCUUUGCUGCUCAACAUCCUGGGCGCCCUGGGGGCGACCAUCGCCCCUGAGGUCGCCUUCGUGCUCAACCAGUUCCCGAACCUCCUCCGCUCGUCGGUCGACCGCCUCGAGGCGCCGGGACUGAGUCGCACCGUGCCGCUCUCGUCGCGCGACGCCCCCGGCGCCGGCCCGCACUACUUUGUCGCGCUCGUCGCCCUGUCCGAGGUGCACUCUCUGGCGCUGCUCACGCGGGUGCUGGCGGCGCUGAGGUCGGGCAAUGCGCGGGACAUCCCCGAGGUGGUUUGGGAUUCGGGCGCGGUGUUGGAGAACGUCGAGUUUUGGCUGGCCAGCCGGAAAGUGCUCCGGGAGAGACUGCUGCCGUUGAACCCCAGGGAGGCAGAGUGGAGGGGGAUGAAGGCUAGCGAGGGGAGCGGGUGCGAGACGAAGCUGGAGGAGAAGGCGGUCGGGUUGUUGGAAGGGAUUCGAGAUGUCUUGGCAGAGGAAGAGGAGUAGUUCUUCGUCAUUACUAUGGUAGCGAGUGAUGGCAGUAAGGAUGAGCAAUGGCACAGGGGUGUUGGUCAUGUCCUUAAUGUUUGUUUUCUCUUUUCCACCUUGUCAACAAUGGCUGAAUAAAAGGUGUCAUGCCAUCUUUUCUGCGUCACACCUGCCUGGAACCGUACGGAUUAUGUGGUUUUUGUCAAGAAUGCGUGUGCUACUACUGCAUGGCAAAGUGCGCUAUGUGAUCGGGGCGAGGACACUCAUCCCAAAGGCCGA